AUGGCCGCAGAAGCUGCAGAUGCGGGGGAGAAGAUCGCCGUCGUCGUUGAGUUCUCGUGUUUCUUCUGGGCCGGUCCCGUCUCCCGGACUUUGGCCCGAGACCUUUCCACGCAGGCUGACGGGGCCGAUCCGAGGAUGAUUUCAUUUCGGCGUCACGCUCUCUCCAUCCCGGCGGUGAACAAGGACGGCAAGCCCGCAACUAUUGCCUUUCUCAUCAACUAUCUCUGCGAGAACACGAUGAAGGACUCCAGAAAGGAGCUUUUCGUCCUAGAUGAUCAUCUGUACGUCUUAGAGUCGCAUCACCCACGCGCCGUCCCCAUCCUGGGGCAUAUCUUCAUUUCGGCCUCGCCUGGCUCUCUUCGCCCUGGCAUCCUUGCCCUCAUCAAUGACGCAGACUGGGAGCUCGAAGGAGAGGAGGCGUACGAAGUCCAAAACGGUGACAAUAUCCUCUUCGUCUCGACGCUUCAUGGAGGGGCCCUGCAAGUGUUGCGGCCGUAUCUCUGGGUCCCUGGAACUAGCACUAUGCAUCCUCCCACUCUCAAGCCUGCUGUCUUUCCCCCGGGGUGCGGCACCGAUAGAACGACGUUGAAACUCAGACGCCCUCCCCUCUCUCGCUUCUCUGCGGCCGUAGCCGUUGACCCGGCGCCUCUCCUCCCCCCGGCCCCGGCGCAGCGGGGAGAUGCAACUCGUGCUUCCGCCGUUGGUCUUAUUACACUACUACAAUUACACCACAACCCCAUGGAUACAUCCUUUCGCCUUGCGCGCCGUCGACGCAAUGAAACGUCCCGGGAGAUAUUCACCCCUGGCCCCCGCUGCCCUGCAACUGCCACCACCUUGCUUGCCGCAUGUCUCGUGGCCGCAUCGUGGCGGCAGCUCUUCACCCCUCGUGUUCCCCUUGCACCUUGGCUUGGCUCCCCCGCCUCCGGGAAGCCUGUCAAAGUCGCAUGCCCUGCCGCGCGCCACCCUGAACUAUCACGAAAGACGAAUAGCGCAACUCCGGCAAGAUCAGGAAGCCUGUUGGCGCUACGCAGGGCGAAUGUCGAUGGUCGGGGCGGUCAAGGGUUUGCGUCCAAUUAUUCAUUAGCUUUGCGGCCGAGAAGAUGGAGGAUUGGACUGGAUCAGCGGGUUCCAUAUCUGUACAUCGACGCUGCUGCACCCCACAAGCCCAGCUCGCUUGCUCGCAGCGAGGGGCGCAAGAUUACCGGCCCCUCCCUCCUCCGGACACUUCCCCCGGCGUGCGGGCACUUGAAGACGGAGGCGGUGAAGAAAGAAGGGGUCCGUCACGGUGAUCCGAUGCAAAUGGGGACAGUUGCGUCCCGCGCGUGCGAUCCUAAUGGCCCAGAUCCGCUCUCCACCCUCUCUCUCUCACACACACUCUUCCUCUCGUCUAUGUAUGCUCCAUAUGUUCUCGAAGGAAUCAAGGAACUCACGCCCCUUCUAGAAAUACGCACUUCCCAAAUGUCCAAGACUUCCAACAUUGCUACCGUCGUACCUGUGGAGAAUCCCCUACCUACAUUAACGCAACGGCACGACGGCCGGUUCAUAACGUUCUUCUACUAA